GAGCCUCAUAUUUCUGAGAGAUGGCCUCUUCAAUGACUACUGAAGCGAAUGGAGUGAGGGGUGGUCACUCACAUUAUCCCAAUCCAGGAGAAAAUAUUGUCUCCAGAGCUUAAGGAGACCUCCGUCAAACCCAACAAGGUCAAACUGCCACCAAAAGUUAGGAUGUUCCUGAAGGGGAUCCCAUGCCACUGGGGUUGGUGCAGGUGUUUACUGGUUUGGUUUUGAUGAGUCUGUGCACCAUCGCAAUACUGGUCAACAUACUGAGGGUUAAUUAUGUAGUCUGUCUCGGACUUCCAUUUGUCAUUUCUGGGUCUGUGGCAAUUGCUGCAUACAGAAGACCCAGUUCUUCUCUGAUUAAAGGCACACUGGCCAUGAGUGUGAUCUGUACUCUGCUGGCAGCUGCAGGAACUGGUUAUUUCAUCUGGGAGAUCAGCACACAACAAAGACAAGAACAUUGUAAUGAAAGGGGUGGCUGGAACUGUUCCGACAUGGUUUGGAAAUUUUAUGAUUUGAGAGGAGGAGUGUUGGGUUUAUUGCUGGCGCUGUCUAUUCUAGAACUGUUUGUGUGCAUCAUUCUGUCCAUCUUCAGCGGCCGGGCCAUUCAGCAGGACGAAAGUGAUGUUGACUCCUACAGCAGCAAAUCCUGUCUCCUGAAGCCCGGCCUGGAUUCCACCUCCAACUCUUAAAAAGCCACAAGCUUAUGGCCAAGGUUUAUCUAUACAAAUGUUUAAGCAUCAUAUAUAGGCCAAACAUUAUCACACCAUUAUAGAGGUCAUUUUCAUUUGCUGUGAUUACAGUAUUGCACAUUUCCAUUUAUUCCUGUCAUGUUUAGUAUCCACACUUCUUUAUGGGAAUGUUUUGUGAGAUCUUUUGCACUCUUUUUGAUAAAUUUAUAAAUAAAUAGCCAUGUGUUUCAUUAUUAUGCUUGUUUUGUAUUGAGGGUGGUGACCACAUUAGUGUUAGAACAGCAAUGGUUUAUUAUCAUUAUAAUCAUGCACUGCAGGUUAUUAUGUCAGGUGAACCCUUACAAAGACUAUAGAACGUGCAUUAAAGGAACUUAGACUGCUAUUAACUGUUUAUGUUUUUCAGUUGAAAAAAGUUGUAGUGUAGACGUCACUGCUCAUAAAAUCUGAACACUUAUUAAAACUUUAAAACCAUC